GUGAUGAGAACGUACAGGCAUCCUCCAGCUAUGAUUGGCUGUCCAUGAAUUGAAGAAUUGGAGAUGGUUUUUUGAGAGAAUUGAAUAUGAGCAAAAUAUCUAAUUCCAGAGCCUAUGUCUACCAGGAUAACAUGGAACAGGACUAUCCUGUAAGACAAGUGUUUGUGGAUCUGAACUCCAGUUUAGCAGCAGUGAAUCCAUUACAAAAUCUGACUGUUGAAGGAGAUGCUGUAACAAGGAAAAAGACUGCUGCUGUGCCAGUGGAUGAAGAAGACUUGGACCAUGAACAAUUGUCAGACAUACUACAAAGAUUAGAAGAUUUAAAUGGUAUCACUGAGUCUGUUCCACAGCUGGUUCACACAGUGUGCUCAUGUGAGAUCAGGCCCCAGGAUCUCUCUGGAGAGAAGGCUAAGAUUUACAAUGAUGAAGAUGAUGGCAGAAGUGAUGACUCCAGCUCUGAAAACUCAGAUGAGGAUGGUGAGAUUGAAUUUUAA